GCCACUCAUGGGCCAAAAACAUUUAGAUGAAGCUAAUAUAUACACACCAAUUGGAAAGGGCCAUUUUCAUGAUAAAUUGGCCCACCAAAACAGAUGGAUGAAUCCAAAAGAAAAAAAAAAUGAUGAUUGUGGUGAAAAUGGUGCCUUGAUGGGUUGCAGAUCAUUGAGUCACCUUGGCAGAGACUCUACUCCUCCUCGUCCUCCAUGACACCAUCCAUCCAAUCACCAUGAAACCAAAACCCCACAAAAAAACCAUCAAAACCCACUUCCAAAAACCAGCAGCAGCAGCAGAAAACCCAUCAGAUUAUGCCUUCAAAAUAACAAAAACAGCAGUCUCACAAAUCUGCCAGUCGGUAGGGUUUAAGACCACACAACUCUCAGCUCUUGAAACCCUAACCCACGUAGCCACCCUUUGCCUCCAAACACUAGCCAAAACAGCUGUAUUAUAUUCCAAUGCGUCUAACCGUACUCAAUCAAACAUCUUUGACAUCAUCAACUCAUUACAUGACAUGUCUUCUGUACAAGGUUUCACAGGAGGGUCCACACUGCAUUGUAAUGGUAGUGGCAUGAGUCUUUUGAGGUCGAGUGUGUUAAAGAAUAUUAAUUCUUUUGUUGAGUUCAGUGAUGAAAUCCCUUUCGCCAAGCCUAUUCCAAGAGGGAAAUCGAUUUCUUUGAGGAGGAAUUCGAUUCCUUUGGAAUUGAAUGAAUUGGGUUUCAGGGGUUUGCAUAUUCCUAGGUGGUUGCCAAGGUGUCCUGAUGAGAGUAGUUAUAACAAAUGUGGGGACAGGUGUGAAAAGAAGAGAAAAGGGGAGCUGGUCUUGUGGGAGAAGUCUGAUUUGGUGGGUGGUGGAAUUGGGAGUGGAGAUGAAUUCCAGGGGAUUUCUUGGGAGAACGAGAGGAGAAGCGGCGGCGGCGAUUUGGCAGUGGAGAGAGGGAGGGUGAGGUUUAGGAUUGGGGAAGGGGGAGGGGAACAAAAAGGAGGGGUUUUGAUUUCUCUUUUGCCAUCUGUGGAUGGCAGAAUUUGAACCCUGUUCCCUCUUGCAAAAGUGAUGGAAAAAAAAAUGAUGAACAGUUACUGCAACCAUCAAACCUACCAGGCAUGUUGAGAUAAAGCCAUGUAUUCUUCUUGAUAUAUAACAGAGUUGCUGCCACUAUACUUAAUUUCUAGACUCUCUGCUUGUGCUUGAAUUUUGUUGUUUAUGAUUUUAUAGUGGAAAACAAUCUGUUUUACAA